AUGGGUGCGGGGGCAUCGCGCGCGCAGUCGGACAGUGCGGGGGCAGGGGCGGGGGGUGUAGAAGAUUACUACGCGCUGCUCGAGGUCGAGGAGUCUGCGACCGCGGACGAGAUCAAGCGCGCGUUCCGCCGCCUCGCGCUCCUCCACCAUCCGGACAAGAAUCCCGAUGACUCCGAAGCCGCGACGCAGCGCUUCGCGGCGCUGCAGCAGGCGUAUGAAGUCCUGAGCGACGAGCAGGAGCGAGCAUGGUACGACUCGCAUCGCGCAUCGUUGGUCCCAGAACCGGACGUAGAGACCGUGUUUGAGGACAUCAAGAAGGGCACGACCCCUGCUCGCGCGCGCGAUCGCGGCUUGAGUGUGCGACAUCUAGCACCCUUCCUCAACCCGUCCAUCUGGUCUGCCUUGGACGACAGCGACAACGGCUUCUUCACGAUAUACCGCAAUCUUUUCGCCCGCCUUGCCCACGAUGAGGCGCCAUACACGGACGUCGAGUUCCCCUCGUUUGGGGACUCUACAUGGACAUGGACUGCACCCUCCAAGGACAAGCAGAUGGAGGCCGCGCGGACGUUCUACAAUUACUGGCUCAAUUUUGGCACCGAGAAAGAUUUCACUUGGUGCGAUAUGUACAAUCUCUCUGAGGCUCCAGAUCGUCGUGUGCGCAGACUCAUGGAGAGAGAUAACAAGAAAGCUCGCGACGACGCGCGCAAGGAAUACAACGAGACAAUCCGAUCUCUCGUCAUGUUCAUCCGCAAACGCGACCCCCGGUACAAAUCCCAUCUCGCCCGGCAAGCUCAGCUAAACACCCCAUCCCCUUCGAAGCCUACGUCCGGCGCAGCAACGCCCACUCAAAAACGCUUUGCCCCACCGCCCCCUUCAUCUUACGUAGAACAGGACUGGCAGAAGGUCGCGGACGCACCCGCGAACGACAUCGAGUGGGCGCGGGCCGAGAACGGUGGAGACGAAGAAUGGGAAUGCGUCGCCUGCGGGAAAACAUUCAGGAGCGAAGCGUCAUGGGACAGCCACGAACGGAGCAAGAAGCAUCUUAAGGCGGUAGAGACGUUAAAGCGGCAUAUGGAAGAGGAGGAAGAAGAGCUGGGGUUAGCCGGUGACGGCGAGGACGAGGACGAGGGCGAGGACAAGGGUGAAGACGAGGGUGAAGACGGCGAGGCGGAAAUUAAUGCGGAUGCCCGAGAGAUCCCAACCUCAGCGUUGCCAUCCGAGCCAGACAGCUCCCCGGCUCAGAAGCAGAAACCCAAACGGAGGAAAAAGGCGAGGAGCGCGCUCCCUCCCGACGCACCCAACGGCAGCCCCCAGCUGACGAUGUCAAAACGGGAGAUUAAGGGGCAACCUAACCUGAGCAUUGAAAAUCCGGGACCUUCGCAAGGUCUUGCGGACGUAGAAAUUCAGGGUCGCAGGGAAGCGGACAGCACGCGUUCGCAACCAACAGAGCCUCCGCAGCCGUCAAAAAAGGAAAAGCGGAGGGCGCGAGAGGCAGCCAAGAAGGAGCGGGAGGCCACCGCAACUACCCAACGAUGUAACGUGUGCUCGAAGGAAUUUGAGAGUAAAACCAAAUUAUUCGCGCACAUCAACGAGACCGGGCACGCUCUGGCCGAUGAGUCAACGCAGCGCGGGCGGAUACAGAAAAAAGGGGCGAAAGCGCGGCGAUGAAGGUCACAGUCCUUGAGGUCCCUCGGUUCAGCUGAUGGGCGCUUGAGUUAGAAGACAGUCUAUAGGAUUGGGGCACCCAUGGUACGGAUUAGGCUGGGAGUAGCUUGACUCGUGAUGGAGGGAGCCAGCUCACAUCUGCUCACAUGUGUCGCGCUGUGCAGUCAAUUGUAUCGAUGGCCCGACGUGCACUAAAAAGAUCAAUGUAUCCGCAAUAGGUAUUAUUACAAUGCAGCAAGCGCGUGUGUACACUGGCAG